AUAUUAUUUAUCGCUUAUCUGUUGAAUAAAAAAAAUAAGAUGAUGUGCUCAAAUGCCAUAUACCAGGCCUGUCAACAAACAGACACUUAUGACGACAACAGACCGACAAUAACCGAAAAUGAAGGAAAAGGUCAGAACCAGAAUCUGAUAUCUCCGUCGUCAACAAUACCGGAACAACUAGAAUGUCAUGUCCCGGCAUUGCCAACGAUAAGCAUAUAUCAUACAUGUGCCACCCGUUCCCGUAUAGCACUGGCACUUAUUUGUACACUUUUGCUCACAUUUGUUAUCUUUGCCAUAACGGCUGCCAAAAGUAAAACUGGCUUUAAAUUUGGAGCAAACACUUUGGGAUUAGAGACAACAUUUAGCCAACAGUGGAUGUCUGACCAGAUGGCACUCGGACUAAGCCAACAGUCAGUAGUGGUGGACACGAAAUGCGGAAAAUUGAUUGGCGAUGAAGAACACGAGUCCUAUGUUUUUAAAGGCAUACCAUAUGCUGUACCACCAACUGGCGCCAGAAGAUGGUCACCACCGUUACCAAUAGCUAACGACUCAUCAAAUUGUAAUCAAUCGGGACAAAGGCAUGCAAUCAAAUUUGGAUCGCCCUGUGCUCAGGUCAACCCUUAUACCAAACAAGUCGAAGGCAAAGAAGACUGUCUCUAUCUGAACAUAUGGACGCCUAAUAUCGAUUCUGGGGCUAAACUACAAGUUAUGGUAUGGAUUCACGGAGGUUUUCUACAGUUUGGUUCGGGUCAUCAGCCGGGCCUCAGACCAAACGGCAAAUUAGCCAAAAGUCAAAAUACUGUUUACGUCAGCUUAAACUUUAGGCUUUAUGCGUUUGGUUUUAUGCCAUUGGAUGUGUUGAUAAAUAAUAAUAAUAAUGACACCAAAAAUAAUAGCAUAAAGAUUGUAAAUAAAGCUAACAAAGAUAACCGUUAUAAUAAUAAUUCAACCAAUUAUGGUCUCAUGGAUAUCAUAAUAGCGCUACAAUGGAUCCAAAACAAUAUACACAUUUUUGGUGGCGAUCCACAUAAAGUAACUCUGUUUGGAGCCGAUUCCGGUGCUGCACUCAUACUGGCCAUUACAAGCAAUCCCGAUAUGAGACACCUGUACUCAAGCUCGUGGCUCAUCAAUCCGGCCCUAUAUCUGAAUCACAGUUUUGCCGACGCAUCCAAACAUAAUCGGAAAAACUUUUUAAAGUACUCGGGAUGUGAUUCGCGUCAAUGUCUGUUAGGUCUGACCAGUAAUCAAGUGAUUGAACACUUUUUGGGAAAAAACGACCCGUCAUUUCGUAUUAAUGAUCAAAACGAUUUGCCUAUUUUGGGUAUAAUGAGUGAACAGCUAAUUACAAUCGAUGAUAUCUAUGUCCGCGACGCGUAUCCAUUCAGUGAAUCAAUGUUUAAUAGUCCUGUUCUCAUCGGGUCGACCUCCCAGGCCAUAGAAUUUUGGCCCGGACCCCGUGAUUUGGAUACAUGGCAGUGGAGGGACUAUACUAAAUACGUGACCACAAGUCUAGAUUCGUUUGGCGCACAAGUAUCACGACAGUCACUCCAGUUGUACGCACCGGUAGAUGAUGGCAAUCAGACAACGCCGGCCAUUCAAUAUAUAAAUAUGGUGUCAGAUCUACGACAAGUCUGUCCCAUUGAUUAUUUGGCACAAACGUUGGCACAAAAUUAUGAUAAUAAUAAUAACACUAAUAAUUCAUCUGUUUAUCGAUAUAUAUUUAGCGCCCGACUCUCUGAUGCUGUCCGGGUCUAUGGCUAUCCUUCCAGUUAUUCGUUUCAUUUAAUUGAAGUCAUCGCCUAUUUUGAUGAAAUCGAGUCAUUUAUAAGACAUCCGACAAAAGAUGAUUUUGCCAUUAGAGACACAAUUCAACAAUUAGUUCAAUCAUUUGUAAAUAAUUUAAACAUUAAUCAAAACUUUUAUCACAGCCCUAAUAAAAACGAUUACAACAACAACAAUGAAAAUAAAUACAAUGAAAGCAGCACUACAUCAUCAUCAGCAACAACAACACAAAUGAGUGCCACAAACAAUGUAACCGCUGCUGAAACUUCCACUGUUAUCAUCAAAAACACGAUAAAAGAUAUGACAAACUCCACAAUCGUUACCAUAAACAGUACAACAACAGAGAAAAUGAUGACAAAUGAAGAGUCGGAGGACAUCAGUGAGACAACAACAACAACAACAACAACAACAACAACACAGCAAAGACAACCCAACAAUGAAGAUAAGCCGCGCGUAUCGUUAGGUCAACCCUUUCCGCAACAGUUUAUUGAGAUCACGUCCCGAUUGACCACAAAUAUGACAUCGAUUUAUAUUAAAAAUUAUAUUCAAAGUGAUCGCUGUCUCUUCUGGCAAAUGAAUCGACUCUUUGACUACGUUUGGACGGUUUGA